AUGUCUUCUGACUGGACAACUCGCUUUGAAUAUAUUCUUGAUCAUUAUCAUCAAGAUGUUGUGACUGCAGAAUCACCGCAGGCUCUCAAACGUAUGGUGAAGAAAAUUCGUAAGGCUAUACUGGAAGCCCAAAAGGAACUUGAAGACGAAGACGUGCCCUUGCCUACUUCUUUGAAAAAGGAAAUAAAACAAUACUGUGCCCAAAUCAUCGCCUACAAGGAAGAGGCCGAGGAACGAGAGGCUGCAAGUUGUCCAAGAGAAGCAUCCUUCUACAAGAAAUCACUUACCGAAUGGGGUGUCACACAGAAAUUGUUCAAGGAAGAAAUGGACGCGUUUGACAAGGCUGAGCAGCGAAGGAAAGGCCUGGAACAGUCAAUAAAGGAAUGGUUUGACAACAUGUCGCCUUCACAACAGAAGGAGGUCAAGUUCACGAUGACAAAAUGGAAUAGGGAGGGGGCACCAGAAGAAACUCAAGCAGUGUAUCGGAAGAACAACCUCAAGAAAACACUUGAAGACUUUUCAGAGCAAAUCCGACGUACUAUGGGUUGUCGAGUGGUGAUGUUCGUGAGUCACAAGAAAAAAGCUAGGCAGAAACUGUCUGUCAGUCUACAUGAAACCAACCCUCGAAAUGUCAAGAAGAGGUUCUCUGUCAGCUCCAAUGGGAUCAAGGAGUGGACUGCAACUGGAUAUCAAUCCUUUGCAGAAUGGUCAAAGACCGAAUUUUAUCCUUCAGAUGAUCAGGACCUCGAGGGUUCAGACAAUGAGGAUGCUGGCAAUGAACCUGCUACACCCGAAAUUAUCCUAGAUGACGACGGAUAUGCCAAACUUCCUAGUCGUGAUGGUCUUGGCCUUAAGGGCCAACACGAAUUGAUUAGAAGUAUAUUUCAUGCUUCGUAUAAAGUUUGCACUGGGGGCUCUAGACCUGUGCCUUGGGGUGUGAUAACUGCCGCCUCAUCCAAUUAUUUGGAACAUGGUUCUGUUCCCACUGCAUUUGUGGUCAAAGACCCUUCUCAUAUGAAGACUGAGGAGGUAAAUCGUCUAUGGAACCAUUGGGAACAACGUUCGGCUGCAAACAAGAAGCUAGUCAUUUUUAUCAAAGCCAAGGAUGCUGAUGUACGUGCAAAUGUAAGGAAUGAAGAAAGAAAGAAGAAGUCCAAGGAGAAAAGAGUACACUUUCUUGACUCAGACAAAGAAGACAGAGACCGGCUUCCUUCCUUGAACAGCUCUGAUUUCACAGAACAUAGAUCCCAGCCGGCCGACACAACCCCAGACGAUGUUUCAAUCAAUGAUCGAUAUACAUUCCUAGAAUCUCUAAGCAAGAAUGACAACUACCUGGAGCUUGUAGAUGCCAUUAAGGAUCUGGCAAUCUUAGCCAAUCAGAAGCCAACUUCAGAGCAGAAUGCAGAUUUGCCUAUCUGGGCUGACUGGUCUUGGGGAGGAUCAUAUCUUCCUGAGGACGUGCAUGUGUCAUAUGACACUUUGAAGGCCAGCUGGGAUAAGCUGCGAACAUCUCCAAUCUUAGGGGCAGCAUCUGCCAUGCCAGUGAUUCUAGGAAUUGGGCUCCUCUAUAGGGAGUCUAAACGAGUCAUAGAGUUUGAGGAAGAUGAGGCUGACCCCAAUACGCCUUUCUACCUACCUGGUUCUGCUUUCGAUCUACAAUUCUUGGUUUCUCUCGAUCACGUUGUCCAGGAGGUCUUGUGCACAGUUGUCGAGCACAUAGAGAAGCUGACAAAAGAGGCACUUGGUAAGGACAACAACAUGGAGGAUGAAGAUGAAGUUGGAAACAAGGUGAUGGAGGAGGAAGUUGUUGUCACAAAGGAGAAGGAGAAGGAGGAGCAGGAGGAGCAGGAGGAGCAGGAGCAGGAGCAGGAGCAGGAUGAAGUUGGAGAGGGGGUGCAGAAAGGGAGGAAGAGAAGAAUGCCCCAAGCUUCGACCAGUGAGUCUAAGAAGCCUAGGAUUGAGCCUGAAGUCCAUAGAUCAGGCAGGACGAGGCAACUUUCUAAGAGAGCCCAGAACUGA